AUGGCGAAGCGCAGCAUGGAAUUGGUACUCUUCACGUCAGCGGCACAGCACAUUUGCCGGAUUGUGCGGGUGCUCAAGACACCCUUGGGGAACGCGCUCCUGGUGGGCGUCGGUGGCAGUGGCCGCAAGAGUUUAGCCACCUUGGGAACCUUCGUGGCCGAGUACGACCACUUCUCCAUCGAGAUCACCAAGAAGUACAGCGUGGAUGAUUGGCAUGAAGAUAUCAAGCGGCUCUUGAUGUCCGUGGGAGGCGGCACGCAAGAGGCACCUGUGCAGGAUCCCAACUGCAAGGAUCCAGAGGUGGAGGUGGAACAUGAUCCAUUGACUGGAGGCCACUACCGAGUGUCCUGUCCAAGCACCGAGCGAGCUUGGAUUGGACUUCGUGGGCGACCUGGAGUUGUGUCAGGCCAGUACUGCUUCGAGGUGAAGGUCACCGAGGGUCUCUUGCGCGUGGGCUGGGCCACCGGAAGCAGCGCGACCAAGGCGCUCGGCACCGACGCCGAGUCCUUCGGCUUCGGAGGAACCGGCAAGAAGAGUCAUCGCAACAAGUUUGCGGAUUAUGGCGCCAGCUUUGAGGCCGGCGACGUCGUCACCUGCUGCGUGGACCGCCAGCGCCGGGAGAUCAGCUUCGGAAUCAAUGGCAUGUGGCAUGGAAAGGCCUUUGACAUUCCGAAGGCUUGGGAUGGCUUUGCACUUUUCCCAGCUCUUUGUGCUCGAGAAGCUUUCAAGGCCACAGGUUAUUUUGGAUGCCCAGAACAUCCAAAGGUGCCGCACGGCUGUGACUUCUGGCCGCUAGGUGCAGCCUUCCCAGAGGAUGUGGAGGAAUCACUUGCCGGACCACCCCAGCCGGAGCUGAACACACUUGAGGAGGCUCCCGAACGCCGUGGAGCACGAGCUGGACGAUUUGCCAAAAUGGCACGUGUUGAUCAGGACUUAAAGGUGCUGAGUCGUCACGAGCCCAUCGACCUGCGCAGCGACGGGCCUUUGAAAGGACGAUGCCGCGCCCUGGAGAGAGGAUACCUGCGAGAUGCGGCGAAGCUGCAAGAUCCGGAGCAAAUCCGACCGCUGCCAGUGCUGCGAGAGGCUUUGCAACAUGCCUUGUCAGCCAAGCGUGCUUGGUCGUGGGAGGCUGAAAUGCUAAGAGCAAUCCGACAAGAUAUCACAGUUCAGCAUCUGGAUGCAGACUUUAUGGAAGAGGUCUGUGAGAUCUCGUGUCUUCGAGCUUUGGCCAAUGGAGACUGGCCGGUCUUUGCCUCUUGUGCGACCACUUUGAAGAACCGCCCCUGCGCAGAGGAGCUGUCGUGGCUGCUGCUCUUGGGUAGCUCGCCACUGACUCGCUCCUUAGCCCUGAAGCAGCGCGGAGCCUUCCCGGAGAGCGCUGUCGCGUCGGCGAAGGGGCGGUUGGCGACGCCCGUGGCUCGCUUUGUGAAGUCGGUUCUCUCUGACAUCAACGCUGGGAUGUGGUGGAGAGUGCUCCAGCGGAAACCACCAACUGUGACCUCUGAACAAGCCUUCGAGCUGGUGAUCCGGCCAAUGGCCAGUGCCCAAGUGCUGUGUGCUGGCAGCAAGGCCUUCAUGAAGGUUAAGCAAGAGACGCUGGUACGCAUGGGUGCGCGACUUCCGGAUGGCGUUCAAGUGGUAGAUGGAUUGGUGGAUGGCAAGCAGGCCCUGCCUCUGGCACUGGAUCAGCUGCGGAGCGCACAUCGCGCGGGCGCGGUGCUGCAGCUGGCCGGGCUGGCAGGACGUCGAGUCGGCGUCAGCGACGUCAUCCGCGCGAGAAGACGCACCGGCGCGGUGAAGCUGGUGUUCAACCACAACGACCGACUUGGUCAACAAGAAGUCGAGGAAUUCGAACGAACCUGUGACAAGCGCCUGGAGUAUGUCCAUGAUCGAGAUGGCCUGGAUGACACACGAAGUGGGCUCUUCAGCAAGAAUCUUCAUUUGAUUCUGGCACUGUCCCCCAUUGGGGAGGCCUUCAGGCGUCGUGUUCGCAUGUUUCCAGCCAUUGUGAACUGCUGCACCAUCGACUGGUUCAUGGAGUGGCCACAAGAAGCCUUGAGGAGCGUCGCGACGCACUUCCUGCAGAAGGUCGACCUGUCUGAAGAUGUGUUCUCUGGAGUGGUGGAGAUCUGCGUGCAAAUGCAAGAGUCCGUCUUCGGGUUGACCGAUCGCUUCCGCAGAGAGGUUCAACGCCACUACUAUGUCACUCCCACCUCCUAUUUGGAGCUCAUCAACUCCUUCAAGGACGUCUUGGCUUCGAAGCGGGACGAGGUGUCUUCGGCCAAGCGGCGCUACGACGACGGGCUGGAGAAGGUGAUCUCCACGGAGGAACAGGUCAAAACCAUGUCCAUUCAACUUGAAGAGUUGCGGCCUGUCUUGAAGCAGACUUCUGCGGAGACGGCUGAGUUGAUGACGGUCAUAGAGCACAAACAGGAGGAGGCCUCAGCGACGCAAGCCAUGGUGGCCAAGGAGGAGGAAGCCGCCUCGCAGCAGGCAGAGGCAGCUCGCACCAUGAAAGAGGAGUGCCAGGCGGAUUUGGACAAGGCAUUGCCAGCUCUAAAUGCCGCCCUGGAUGCAUUGAAGAGCUUGAAGAAGAGUGACAUUGUGGAGGUGAAGAAUAUGAAGUCCCCUCCUGAAGGAGUCAUUACAGUCUCCAAGGCCCUCUGUUGGAUGUUUGAUGUGAAACCAAAGAAAGUCACCGCAGAGGAUGGCAGGACCAAGAUCGAUGACUAUUGGGAGCCAUCCAAGAAGAGCUUGUGGGGUGACUCAAAGAUGCUGGAUCGCUUACUGGGCUAUGACAAAGACCACAUCCCGGUGGAAGUGAUCGAGAAGCUAAAGCCAUUGGAGGAAGAUCCUGAGUUUGAUCCGGAGGUGAUUCGAAAGGCAUCCACUGCAGCGAUGGGAAUCUGCAAGUGGGUGAGGGCCAUGAUCGUCUACGACGGUGUGGCAAAAGUCGUUGGCCCGAAGAAGGAGGCUCUAGCGGGGGCUGAGCAGGAGCUGGCCAAGGUCAUGAGCAUUCUUGCAGAGAAGAAAGCCGAGCUGAAGGCUGUUCAGGACAAUGUCGCACAGCUCCUGGCUGACUUUGAGUCUGCAAGGAAAAAGAAGGAUGACUUGGCAGUGCAGGUGGAUGACUGCAGCAAGCGACUGGUGCGGGCGGAGAAGCUCAUCAGUGGCCUGGGAGGGGGUGCUGUUUGGGGGUGCUGCAGCGCAAUGCAACAUGAAGGAAGCAAUGACUUAGCUUCCGCUGUGCGGAAUGCUGCCAGUGAAAUGUCCGCCUACAGCUCCUCACGCCCAUCUCGUUCCUCGAGUGAAGCCUGCCUCUCAAAACGACACAAACGCCGCUCCCGACGGCAAGUGCAAGAAGAGGGCUUUACACUCGAGCAGCAACAAAAGGCAGUGCAAGACGCCGCCUUUGAACGCUACAUCGAGUCACUCCGGAAAGAUGCCCGAAAAGCUGUGACCGAGGCUAGGGUCUGGCAGGAGACAGUGAAAGGUGGCAUGGAUGAAGAACAGACUGAGAGGCAACACAAGCGGAAUUUGUGUCAGAAGAAUCAAGCCCAGCUUCUUUCACAGAUCGAAAACAACAAGGCCAGACGAGCAGAAUCUCGAAGAGAAUUCAUCGAGGCUGCAUCGUCACACUCGUUCCCUUUGUUCACCGAAACCUUCAUCUCACUUCCAGAAGUGGAAGAGUAUGAGAGGAAGCGCAAGGAGCAUUGGAGGAAGGAGCUUGACAAUCAGAUGGCCACCAAUCAGAUUCUUCACAACUUGGAGCUCAAGAAGCACCAUGACAUGGCCAUUGCCUCCUACAAAGAGAACGUGGAAAGAACCACCAAGGCACGUAGAGAUGAGAGAGACCGCUUAGCUUACCAGGGUAGAGAGCUCGUGGCUUCAUGGGAGAGAGAUAUCCGACUCAAAGACCUGAAGCGUGCCAUGGAAGUUGGCAAAGAUGUGGUGAAGGAGAUUGAUAGCCCAAGUCUGAACGUGCGCAAGGUGCUCAUUGGUUCCGGGAUCAUCGCCUACCUGGGCACCUUCACCGGUCGCUAUCGCGUGGACACCGUACGGAGCUGGGUUCAGCUGAUGAAGGACAAUCAAUUGCCUUCAGCACAGGAGUUCUCCUUGCGCUCGGUCCUGGGAGACGAGGUGCAAAUUCGCCAGUGGGUCAUCGACAAGCUUCCCAAUGAUCAGGUUUCGGUGGAAAAUGCCAUCAUCAUCCAGAGGUCGAGGAGAUGGCCCUUGAUGAUCGACCCACAGCUACAGGCCAAUCAGUGGAUACGGAAGGCUUGCUCAGGCAGAGGGGAGCAACUGCGCAUCCUACGGUUGACACAAAACUAUGCUCGUGAACUUGAAGGUGCGAUUGCCUAUGGAAAGCCAUGUUUGCUCGAGAAUGUCUUGGAGCAAUUAGACCCUCUCCUGGAGCCACUUCUGCAGAAGGCCAUCUUCAAAGCUGGCAGUGUGAUGAUGAUUCGCCUGGGCGACUCUCAAUGUGAGUACAACAAGGAUUUCCGUUUCUACAUCACGACGAAGUUGCCAAAUCCGCACUAUUCACCAGAGGUUUGCGUGCAGGUGACCUUGCUGAACUUCAUGGCCACACCAGAUGGACUUCAAGACCAAAUGCUGGGCAUUCUCGUGGCCAAAGAGGAGCCAGAAGUGGAGCGGAAGCGGCAGAAUCUGAUUGUGGAGAGUGCCCAGAGCAAAGCUCAGUUAAAGGAGAUAGAGGACCGUAUCUUGCAGCUUCUCUCGGAGUCGAAGGGCAACAUCCUCGAUGACGAGGAACUCAUCAAUACCCUUGCCACUUCCAAGACGGCAUCCCUUCGAAUUGAAGAACGCGUGGCGGAACAGGAAAAGACACAAGCCCAAGUGCAAGAGACGCGUGCCACUUAUGUGCCUGUGGCUGUUCGGGCCAGUGCGCUCUUCUUCGUUGUGGCUGACCUUUGCAAUGUGGAGCCGAUGUAUCAGUACAGCCUGGAAUGGUUCUACACCAUCUACGAAGCGGCCAUCGCAGCGGCGGAGAAGUUUGAACGCAACAUCCAGAAGCGUCUCUCUGCACUGCAGAGCAAGUUUCUGGAGCUGCUCUUCGAGCAGACCUGCCACUCGCUCUUUGAGAAGGACAAAUUGAUGUUCUCGCUCCUACUGGCCUUCAAGUCCAUGGAGGUGGAUGAUGACAUCAAUUUGGAGGAGAAGCGUCUCCUGUUGAUGGCUUUGGGGGGUGGCACGGCGCACACGCCGAAGCCUCCAGCAGAGUGGCUCACGGAGAAGAUGUGGAGUAGGAUAUGCGUCCUCGACAAAUUGGGCAAGGGCCCAUGGCACAAGUUUGCCAAUAACUUCAAGGACAACGUGGAUCGGUGGAAGCAGGUCUUUGAUUCGGACAAUCCCCUGGCAGAGCAUUGGCCGGGCAAGGAGCAGAUGUCAAGCUUGCAAAGAGCCUUGGUGCUCUUAGCUGUGCGCACGGACUGCACCAUCGCGGGACUUCAAGAGGUCAUUGCGGCCAAUCUGGGCAAGAGCUUCCUGGAGCCUCCAGGGUUCAAUUUGGAAAAGGCCUUUCAGACGGCGGCGUCGCCGACGAAGCCGCUGAUCUUUGUGCUGUCCUCCGGCGCGGACCCCAUGGUUGAAGUGAUACGCCUGGCACAGAAGUUGUCCAUGAACGAGCACUACAUCACGGUCUCCUUGGGUCAAGGCCAAGGUCCAAAGGCUUCACAAGCGAUCAAUGACGGAGCUGAGCAAGGGUUGUGGGUGAUCCUCCAAAAUUGUCAUUUGGCAUCGUCCUGGAUGCCCACGUUGGAAGUCAUGGUGGAAGGACUUAGUCUCUCUCCGGACAAGGUUGCUGACCAUUUCCGCCUGUGGCUGACUGCGAUGCCUUCGCCCGACUUUCCCAUCUCUGUCCUGCAGAAUGGCAUGAAAAUGACCAUUGAGCCACCCAAAGGUUUGAAAUCCAACCUGCUCAGGGCCUUCAAUUCCAUUGACCCCGACUGGUUUGCGGAAGGCUGUACAAAGUCCACAGAGUGCAAGCAAACCUUCAGGAAGAUGCUGUUUGGCUUGUGCUUCUUCCAUGCCUUGAUCCAGGAGCGUUGUACCUACGGUCCAUUGGGCUGGAACAUUCCGUACCAGUUCUCCGAGCCCGAUCGACAAAUCUGCAUGAUGCAACUGAGGAUGUUCCUGGAAGAGAAUGAGACAGUUCCAUACUCCGCGCUGCGGUACACAGCUGCAGAGGCCAACUACGGUGGACGCGUCACUGAUGUGCACGACCGUAGGUGCAUCAACUUCCUUCUCUCCGACUUCUACUGCCCGGAGAUUUUGAAGGACGACUACAAGUUCUCGCCCUCCGGCGUCUACUACGCGCCUUCCUAUGGAACCACCCUGGAGCCUUACCUCGAGUACAUUCGCAACCUGCCGAUCAAUCAAAUGCCAGAGGCCUUCGGUCUCCAUGCGAAUGCCAAUCUCGUGGCCGCCAUCAGCGAGACCCUGCGGCUCCUGGGCACCGCCGCCUCGCUGCAACCGAAGACCGGAGGAGGUGGUGGGGGAGCCUCUCAAGAUGAGAUCAUCACAGAGGCGGCGUCCAAAUACUUGGAGGAUGUGAAGCCCCCCUUCGACACCGAGGCAGCCAACGUGAACUACCCAGUCGAUUACAAUGAGUCCAUGAAUACGGUGUUGAAUCAAGAGCUACUGCGCUUCAAUCGACUCAUCAUCAAAGUGCGAAGCACCCUGACGGACGUGAGAAAGGCGGUGAAGGGACUGGUGGUGAUGAGUCCCGAACUUGAAGAGGUGGCCGAUGGCAUUCUGACGGACAAGACGCCCUCGGUUUGGAAAGAGGUAUCGUAUCCAUCGCUGAAACCACUUGUAUCUUAUGUGGCUGAUCUCUGCGCUCGAAUCAACUUCUUUCAGACCUGGCUCAAUGAAGGCACCCCUGAAGCCUACUGGCUGUCAGGCUUUUACUUCACGCAGUCCUUCCUCACGGGACAGUUGCAGAAUUACGCCCGCAAGCAGAAGUUGCCCAUCGAUACGCUGAUUUGGAAUUUCACCGUUCUCAAGGCGUUGGUGGAGCAUAGCAAGCCUGCGACGGGCUGCCUGGCAUAUGGAAUCUUCAUGGAUGGAGCUCGUUGGGACGACACCGAGGGCGUGAUUGCAGAGAGCCUGCCAAAGGUCCUCUUCAGUGCCGUGCCGACCGUCCAUUUGACGCCAUGCGAGGCCACCAAGGACCCCACCGACAGAAAAGCCGUGUACCCGUCACCUCUCUACAAGACGUCCGGGCGCAAAGGCACACUCACCACCACUGGGCACAGUACGAACUUCGUGAUGACUCUGAUGCUCCCGAUCACAAAGAUGCAUACGGAGAAGUACUGGACGAAGCGUGGUGUGGCCUGUUUGUUGCAGCUGGACGACUGA